AAAACUCUAACAAACACCAUCAAAAUCAAUCUAGGAAUUCAAUCAAACUCUAUAUGGAGUUGAUAGAAAUCAAUUGAACUACAUUGAACUCUACAAACUUUAUAACUCCAUUUAACUCUUUUAAAAUCUUAAUUGAAUACACCCCUCUUAAACUCCUAGCCUUACAAGAAAUUUCUUUCAACUCCUUCUUCCCCCUUUUCCAUUACCAAAACACCAUUAUCUGCUCUCCUCUCAAUUAAGUGCUGCAACAAGUUUCUAUUCAAGAACAAAGAAAGGUUCUAUAAAUUUGGGAGUCAAAGGAACAAAGCAGACUCUAGUGAAAUUUUGACAAAUUUUUUUUUUACGGAAAGAAUAAUUUGAGUUUGGAGGUUCAGCCCACCCCCAUUUUGCAAUCCUGGCUCUGUCUCUGAUUAUUACCGACAGCAUAAGCUUCCAUGGAGAUUUCCUCAAACAACACAAACGUCUUCUGCAACUUCUGCACGCAUGCUCAAGGGUUCGUUCCCUUAGAGCAACAAAGCAACUUCAUGCUCUCAACAUCACAAUGGGUCUGUCUCCAACCCAACCCACUUUUGUCUACAACAGUAUCAUGUCUCAAUAUUCGUCACUUGGGGAAUUGUCAGUUGCUCGUUACUUGUUUGACAAAAUGCCUCAUAGAAACGUUGUGUCAUAUAAUAUCAUAAUUAGUGCUUAUAGUAGAUGUGGGUAUGUAGGGGAAGCUUGGAAAAUAUUUUCUGUGAUGAGAGUUUGUGGGUUUGAGCCAACUCAGUAUGCGGUUGGUGGGUUUUUGACAUGUAGGUCAUUGGAUGUUUAUCAAGGGGUUCAAUUGCAUUCUUUGGUAAUAAAGAAUGGACUGUUUGAUGCAGAUGCUUUUGUGGGGACUUGUUUGUUGGGAUUUUACGGAAGGCAUGGGUUGUUAGAGGAAGCAGUUUGGGCAUUUGAGGAUAUGCCUUGUAAGAGCUUGGUAACAUGGAAUUCACUGAUAUAUUUGCUUGGAAAUCACGGUUUUGCUGAAAAUUGUGUGUUUUUAUUUCGGGAACUAGUGAGGAUGCAUUGUACUUUGUCUGAAGGUUCUUUUGUGGGUGUUUUUUCAGCAUUGUCAUGCCAGCAAGACUUUGAAUUUGGGGAACAACUGCAUGCUUUAGUCAUAAAAAAUGGGUUUAAGUGUGAAGUUCCAGUGGUGAACUCUCUUAUAAGUAUGUAUAUGAAGUGCACUGGCAUAUGCUUGGCUGAGAAAAUUAUUGAAGAGGUGACUUUUCUGGAUGUUGUAUCAUGGAAUACUAUGAUUGGUGCGGUAGCAAAAACUGAUAGACCUCAAAAAGCAUUAGAAUUCUUUACUAAAAUGUCCAUGGAUGGAGUUUUGCCUACUGAGACCACAUUUGUUAGCCUUAUAAACUGUUGUACGCAUUUGGAGAUUCCAUUCUAUGGAGAGUCCUUUCAUGUUAAGAUAAUCCAGCAUGGUUUGGAAUCUAAUGUUUUUGUAGGUAGUGCAUUGGUUGAUUUUUAUGCUAAAUGUGAUAACUUGGAAAGUGCCCAACGCUGUUUUAAUGAGAUCUAUGUGAAAAAUGUGGUUUGCUGGAAUGCUUUGAUUUUGGGUUACUCUAAUAAUUAUUCCCCUGCAUCCAUACUCUUACUGCAAGAAAUGCUUCAUUUAGGUUACCGACCUAACGAAUUCUCAUUUUCAGCUGCGCUUAAGUCAUCAUUGGCAUUAGAGCUCCAGCAGCUGCAUUGCUUAAUUGUAAGAAUGGGAUUUCAGAAACACGAGUAUGUGUUGAGCUCUCUUAUAACCUCAUAUGCCAAAAAUGGUCUCAUAUCUCAUGUCCUGGUCUUUCUCACAGAUUCUGAUGGUCUUCUUGCUGCAGUUCCUUCUAAUGUCAUUGCUGGAAUUUAUAACAGAAUUGGGAGAUAUAAUGAAACUCUAAAAUUGCUUUCUCUACAUGAAAAACAUGACAUUGUAUCCUGGAACAUUGUGAUUGCAGCUUGUGCCCGCAGCGGUUAUUAUGAAGAGGUAUUUGAGCUUUACAAACAGAUGCAUUUGAUUCAAGUCCUCCCCGACAAUUAUACGUUUGUCAGCCUUCUAAGUGUGUGCACAAAACUUUGCAAUUUUUCUUUGGGCAGUUCUCUUCACGGUUAUAUCAUUAAGAUAGAUUUCAGUUCUUGUGACACAUUUGCAUGCAACGUUUUAAUUGACAUGUAUGGGAAAUGUGGUAGCAUGGACAGCUCAGUGAAAAUCUUUGAAGAAAUAAAAGAAAAAAAUUUAAUCACAUGGACAGCUCUAAUUUCUGCACUUGGACUUAAUGGUUAUGUUCAUGAGUCAUUAGAACGAUUCAGAGAAAUGAUACUCUUGGGCUUUAAGCCUGAUGGAGUAGCUUUUACCGCAGUUCUUACAGCUUGCAGGCAUGGCGGCUUAGUGAGAGAUGGGAUGGAGUUAUUUGGGAAAAUGAAAAUGGAUUAUGGUGUUGAACCAGAAAUGGAUCAUUACCAUUGCAUGGUUGACUUGUUGGCUAAAUGUGGACAUGUUACGGAAGCAGAGACUGUGAUUUCCAACAUGCCCUUCCCACCAAAUGUCAUUAUAUGGCGUAGUUUCCUUGAAGGCUGCAAGACUCAUGGAGCUGCAAUGGACCAAGCAGCAGGACAUCUUUAAUAGUGAGUCAGACUAGAGGAAUUCCUUGUAACGUCUAAGCAUUGGUGGUGCUUCUUUGAGUACGUCUGUUACAAGUCCUACCUUCCAGUUUUGAUGCUUCUUUGAACAGGUCCUGUACGAGUGUACCUUCUUGGGUGGAUUUAUAAUUUGGGUAGGUAAGGCUACUCUGAGCUUUAAACAGAGGAAACUAAGAAGAGUUGAGGCAAUGAAGCAUUGCCUUUUCCUUUUUUUUUUGGCUUGAUUUCAGGUGAAAAUACUUCUCAUGCGAAUUGUGGACCCUAUAAUUCCAUUACCAUUUCAGCCCCUCCCCCUCCUUCCUACUUGAUUGCAAUGCUGUCCAUUGCACAAAUUUCAGGUCACCAUUGUCCUAUUGGAUAUGUAUGUAUUUUGAGGAUGUCAUGUCAGAUGUGCUUGCAUUUCAAAGACAUCUGCACGAGUACAGAAACAAGAUUCAAGUAUUGUCAACUAAAGGUGAACAAAGGGCCUUUCCAAUGCAAUGUGUUGUUUAGCAGGGUAUGAUAAGUGUUUUAGUGGUUCCUUUCCAAGAGGUUGGCUGAACAGGGUGGGUAUUGACAUGCUUGUAGUGUGGAUAGAGGUUGCUAUAAUCUCUUCUUCAACAUUAGCAUGUGGCAUGCAAUGUUUUUGUAAUGAUCAUAGGAUCUACUCAUCAGAUCCGGAGAACCCACAUAGGCGUGCCAUUCUUUAUGUACUGGUAUGCUGAUUCUUCUGAAGUUGUAAAGGAGAUGGUGGUCACUACAAAAAGCAGAAUCCUAAAACUGUCCACAUUUAUGUGAAAGAAAAUUUGGUUGGUAUUCAAUUUUCUCAACCGGGGGGUUUGUCUAAUUUUGUAGAUCAGAAGAGCUACAGGUCCACAUGCAUGUUGGUGUUAUUAGUGGUUUCUUGAGUGAUUUUUCUUAAAGAUUAAUCUGUUUGCUGGGUUUUACAGUGAAUUAGUUUGACGGGCCUAGAGUUUAGAAACCCACAAACAACUUAUCUUUGGGUUUUCACCUGAAAGCGUGUCAUUAGAACCUUCCUUUCUAUUUGGAUUAAAUACUCCUUUAUUUAUUGAAAGCUCAAAGGAAAAGCCUCAUACUCGAAGAAAUAGAUGUGGUACGACAGAGUGGGCUAAACUUUUCAGCAUUUGUGCAAGAGUGUAGAAUAAGUUUAACUUUAGCAAACUGUUGGGAAUUUUUAUGUAUG